CAUGCGCACUCGUGUAUAUGUGCAGUGAUCCGUUCCACGUGCAGUUUACAUUGGAGCUGUUGCGUGUAAGCGGUCAGUUUGUGGUGUUUGUGGACUCUUGUUGAUGGACGUCGUCGCACCGAGCAGCAGAAUGAAAGUAAUAUCUCCCGAUAAGGUACUUCAGCGUGAGCUGAGCACCCUGAGCAAGUGCAUGCCCUCCUGCAUGGUGCAGCAGAUAUCUGAAUGCCUGCGCUGCUCACGUGCGCUCACUGACUACGAGGUGCAGGUGAUCCGUUCUGGAGCCACAGACACGCAACAAGCUGCGCGUCUCCUGCAAACGCUCCUGUACAAGGGCCACACGGCAUGUCUACGCUUCUUCCAGUGCCUGAAUGCAUGCAGCCCCUCACUCUUUCACACCAUCACCAGAGGCCUGGUGAAGGUUACCGAUGAAGCUCACCAUCAUGUGGCGACGUCGUCCUGUUCAGAGACCACUGCAACUGUUCCCCCAUGUGUCAUUACCAUAAACAAUUCCUCAUUGAACAACUGCAUCAUAGGAAACAACAACAGCUUGUGCUGUCUGCUCUCUCAGACCGAUGUCCAUGACGAUGCAGUGGAGCAUAUGGAGAGGAAGCAUCAGGACAGGGAAACGUCCACAGAGUCCACAGAGGCUCCUAAUAUUCAAGUGGAGAGUUCCAACGUAGAGUACGUCAUUAUAGGGGACAACAACUACAUGAACAUUGAAAGCAAUCUGGACCCUCAGCUUGAGGAGGAAACUGAUAGUGUGGACGAGGGUUCAGAGGGGUAAAUAGGAUUAGGCGAUCAAGAUGGAGACCACAGACUGUUAAAAAAAAAAUAUGUAUAUAUAUAUUUAUAUGCACAGAAUCUCUUCAGUUUAAAACCAACCAUUCAUGGUUAAGAAAGUAUACACAUUUGUGUGAUUUAAUCCGAAGUUCUCUGAAGUCCAUAAAGGCAGAACUACUGAUGUGAUGUAUCAAUACCUCAGUAGUGAUAUGAUUGAUUUUUUUUAUUACAGACUGAUAUUUUAAUAAGCUAUGUGUCACUGUUACUUUUAUGCAUUCAUUUUUUUUGCCUUAUAACUGAUAAUGAAUUGUUUUAUAUUUAUACAUGAUAUUUAUUACAGGUUGUGAACCUUUUAUAUUCAGUCUUUUAUGUAUAAAGUAUAUUAAAAAAUAUAUAAAUUUAAA